AUGCACCGAGUGACUGUUCGCGACGUGAAUGGCGGCUUUAUUGCUGAAAACUCGGCCAAGGUCGAGUGCUGGCGUGAGCACUUUGAGCAACAUCUUAACUUCGAUACCCAACCCACGUCGCCCUCGUUUCCCUCUGCAGCGGAGUUUCUUCCCUCUCCAAAGUAUGCAGCGCCAUUCGAUCCCCCUUCUGAGGGAGAGGUCGCCGAUGCCAUACGGAAGCUACGCAACAACAAGGCACCCGGAGAGCACGACAUACCCACUGAAAUCUACAAGUCUUGUGUCCACACUCUGGCGCCCUGGCUCCAUAAGGCGAUGGAACAAGCGUGGAGAAACGAGAUUGCUUCUGAUGACUGA